GGGGCCCGACAUGGCGGCGGCGCGGGAAGCGCCAAGGGCGGGAAAUCGUGAGGGCCGCGAUGGCGGCGGGGGCGGCGCUCGGCGGCGAGGAGCAGCAGCUGCUCACACAGAGGCUGAAGGCGGCGGUUCACUACACGGUGGGGUGCCUGUGCCAGGAGGUGGAGGAGGACAAGGACGUGCAGUUCAGCAAACAGAGCAUAGCGGCCAUCGCAGAGAUCACCUUCCGGCAGUGCGAAAUCUUUGCAAAAGACCUGGAAAUGUUUGCAAGGCAUGCAAAACGAACCACAGUCAACACAGAAGAUGUGAAGCUUUUGGCUAGAAGAAGCAAUUCUCUGCUAAAAUAUAUCACUCAGAAGAGUGAAGAGCUUGCAUCAAGUAACAUGGAGCAGAAGGAGAAGAAGAAAAAGAAGUCCAGUGCAGCUAAGGGAGGGAGAACUCCUGGGGAACAAGAAGCAGCUGUGACUGAAAAUGAAGAUUCCAGCAUGGCAUGAUUUAUCUUUCAAGUAAUGUUUUAGGUCAUUUUCUCUUACUAUCCUAGAGAAACCAGAAUUAGCCUAUUCAUCUUGCAGGUUAGCUCCAAUAAUGAAUCUUUAGGUUUUUAGGUGAAUGUGAUUGGAUUUUUAUUGUUCCAAAAAUGGAAAGUCUGUAAGAAUUCAGUAAGCUUACAGCCAAAAUGCCUUAAUUGCUCACAAAAGGUAUCUGUCAUUAAAAUUAAAAUCCUUUAAAUAAAGAGUUUGGAGCAGACCAUUCUCACUGACCCAUAACUCAGUAUGUGCAAUGCCCUCCAUUCUGCUACUUUAUUUCUCUGGUAACUGACUUUUUCCUUGCUUCCAGUUUUGAUAUUUUUGCUCAGACAUUUUGAAUAUUUUGUUUUUAAUAAACCAUAUCUCUCGCUCGUUGUCUUGACAAUUAA